UGUGUUUUGACGUUGCCAUUUGGGAACGACAUUUGAAAACUGUCGCGACACAAUAGUUGUGUACUAUUUCUAAAACAGCUGUUUUUUCUUUUUUUUUUAAAUAUUUUUAACGCAAAAUAAAAUAGUAAAAUAGUGAAUAUCAGAGAUGGAUUCGGAUAUUGAUACAUUGGAGCCAAGUUUAAAGAAUAUCAUCGAUCAAACAUCUUUAAAAUGGGUAUUUGUCGGCGGUAAAGGUGGCGUAGGGAAGACAACUUGCAGUUGUAGUUUGGCUGUCCAAUUGGCCAAAGUACGAGAAUCUGUUUUGAUUAUGUCAACCGAUCCAGCGCAUAAUAUUUCAGAUGCAUUUGAUCAAAAAUUUUCAAAAGUUCCAAGAAAGGUCAAUGGUUUUGAUAAUUUGUACGCAAUGGAAAUUGAUCCGAAUGUCGGUUUAAAUGAACUGCCUCCCGAGUAUUUCGAAGGCGAAGCAGAUGUUCUUAAAGUCGGAAAAGGUGUUUUGAGUGAAUUGAUGAGUGCUAUUCCAGGCAUUGAUGAGGCUAUGAGCUAUGCUGAAGUUAUGAAAUUGAUUAAAUCCAUGAAUUUCUCGAUCGUUGUCUUCGAUACGGCACCAACUGGGCACACAUUGCGUCUGUUGUCAUUUCCACAAGUGGUGGAAAAAGGCUUAGGUCGUCUAUUGCGAUUGAAACAACAAAUUGCACCGUUGCUAUCACAAGUUGGUAGUUUGUUUGGUUCUCAAGACUUUAAUGCAGAAUCAUUGAGCCAGAAAUUGGACGAAAUGUUGGCCACCAUACGACAAGUGAACGAACAAUUCCGUAAUCCGCAGCAAACAACAUUCGUUUGUGUGUGCAUAGCCGAAUUUUUGUCACUAUAUGAAACGGAACGUUUGGUACAAGAGUUAACCCAUUGUGGCAUCGAUACGCACAACAUCAUUGUCAAUCAAUUGCUUAUUAAAUCGGAAAAAGAGGAACCGUGCCAUAUGUGCAAGGCCCGAUACAAAGUUCAAUCAAAGUAUUUAGACGAAAUUGCCGAUUUAUAUGAGGACUUCCAUGUUAUUAAAUUGCCAUUGCAGGAGAAGGAAGUGCGUGGCGUCGAUGCAGUCAAAGCAUUUUCCGAAAAUUUAAUCGUUCCAUAUGUUCCAAAAUAAAUUUUCGUCUAAAUGUUUAAAUAUCAGCGUAUAUCUUUUUUUCUUUGUCGCUAAUCUUUACGCUUUGGUCUUUUUUUACACACAUAAGAAAAUAUCGAUGUCAACAUUUUGAUUUGGAAAUAAAUUGAGAAAAAAUCGAAAUAAAUUAUAAAUGGUGGAAACGGAU